AUGAGAUUGCCGUGGGCCAGGCAGGCCGCAAUCUAUGGCCUCUUGUCUGUCGCUGUCGCGGAUGUACUACCGGUGGACGACAUCCCGUUGAUGUGUGUGACCAUCUGCGGCCCAAUCGUCGAGUUGACGUCGAAAUGUGAUAUUCAUGGUCAACGCAUGUCGAAGCGACAAGUAGAAUCGGAGUGGGUUCCUAAGCUGGCCGUGGAACCCCCUGCGUUGGACAAGAGGAGCUUUUCAAUCAUCCGAGCUGCGCCGACGUCGUUUCCUCCCGAGUUCAGUCCUGGAGAGAGUACCACCACAUCGCUAUCGAGCUGGACUUCGGAGGAGACUUCAAGUGUUGUGGAUCAGGUUUCGACGAAAAAGCGUACCACGAUGGCAUCUAUGCUUAUGGACACAACGACAGCGAUUCACACUACGCUUUCGACUCAUACUACUCUUUCGAAUUCGGGGUCUUCAGAGGUGGUAUCGCAAACGCCGACUGGUACAUGGAAAAGUAGCCUGCAGACACACACACCGCAGCAGGGCGACCCAGAGAGAGAAUGUGUCUGUUUGAACAAGAGUUUCGAUGUGGCCAAGGUCGCAGCGCUGUGUCAAGACUGCAUCGUCGUGGAUGGACACAAACAAAACAACAUGGACAUCAUCAUGAAGUCGUGCGGUUUUGAAUCGCGUACUUAUACCCCCGACAAGGACAGCGAGGUGGACAAUGUCAGAGUGGAGGCAACGCGGCCAACCACCAGUAUGGGCGCGAUGGAGAAUGCUCCAGCAAACACUGCUUCCGGAGUGCAAGUCCUCAGCGUGUUCUGGGUCGGUAUUUUUAGUUCUCUACUGGGUUUUGCUAUGGCAGUGUAA